UUAAUGUUUUGAAUAAGGAUGAGUUAAUUUUACCUUAGGUUUUGGUUGCAGGACACUCGGACGCAUGUGGUCGUUGAGUUGUAUGAAACGGAGCGGUCCUAUGUGGAAUCACUCCAGACUCUAGUCAUGAAAUAUCUCCAGCCUUUGAAGAAGUCUGAGAAUAAUUACUUAAUUGAUGCAGGAACCGUCGAUGAGAUCUUUUAUCAAAUACCAGAGAUCCUAAUGCACCAUGAAAUUUUCCUUGAAGAACUGCGGAGAAGAUUGGAAGCUUGGGAUAUCAACCAGAAAGUCGGAGAUCUUUUUUUAGAAACUUUUACAAAGCAAUCUGUGAUAGAUACUUACACCGCAUUUAUUAACAAUUGGAAAAAUGCAAAAGAUGCCAUCAAGGCCUCUACCCAAUCAAAGCCAGCGUUUGCUCGGUUCCUUGAGAACAUGGCUAGAGAACAUAAAGGAAAGCUGGCACUCGACUCGUUGCUGAUUAUGCCAGUCCAGCGAAUUCCUAGGUAUGAGCUGUUGAUACAGACAUUGUUGAAGCAUACUGACGAAUGUCACAGUGAUGCUCAAACCCUCCUCGAAGCCCAGCAAGCUAUUCAUGACUUAGCUGUGACAAUCAACCUGGGACAGCGGAGUGCUGGUCGGGGCCUUAGUCAAGAGCUCUGUCAGCUCGAGUCGCUGAUUGAAGGAUUAGCCGGCUUAGCAUCUCCUGAGCGUACCUUUCUCUCUCAUGAUCAGGUAUCAAUUACUACUUCUCAGGGUCGUAAAGAUCGAGCACUCUUUUUGUUCUCUGAUCUUCUCAUUAUAACUAGUAUUAAAAGGAGGAGUGGUACAAUUAAGAAGCCUAUCCAGAAUGCUCCAAGCAGUGUCAUAAGCAGCCUGGAGGGUAACAAAUAUAAACUUCUCAUGAAAAUACCACUCGAUGAAUUGGAAAUUGUAAAAGAUGAGAAUGUUCGCCGGUUAUUGAAGGAGAUGGAGCAGCUGUCAGCUGAUGUUGGUACACUGUCCCAGAUGUCUGAACUCUGUGCCAACCUCCAUUGUCCUCAUUCCCACCUCGAAGAGACAGUCAGGGACAUGUUGGCUGCUCUCAACCGCCAGCUGUGUGAUCGUCACUCAGCGGAUUCUCAGCUUAGUCAUCUUGAUCUCAAUAUCACCACACCGAAUGGUGUUGAAAAUAUCGGCCUGAUCUUCUCUAAGCCUGAAAAGAGGACAAACUGGGAAGAAGUUUUUACAGAAGCUAAGAAUCGUUUAGCUGCCUGUGGAGAAAGGAGAGGAUGCCCAGCAUUAGUGGCAGCAGUCCCGGUCCGCAAGACUCGAGCAGGCCUCACUUUCACCUGCGCUGGGCCCACUCCAGCAUCAGCCGAAGUAUGGGUAUGCAAUAGCGAUGGCUACGUAGGGCAGGUCUGCGUGUUAUCACUGGCUCGUCCAUCAGAACCUACAGUUACUUCCUGUAAUGGCGUGUGUAAUGCUCGAAUCCUCUGCAUAGCCCCAGUUCCUGGGUCAGUGUUAUCACAGCAAUCAACCAAUGACAGCUCUGCAUGUACCAAUUGCAACAGCGGUGUGAUCAGUAUAUCAGUAGAAGAUACAGACAAGUCAGCUGCGAGUAUACAUUUAGAUAGUAGUAGCUCAUCUAGUGACGAUGAAGAUCCAAAGGAAGAUAAUAAGACAGAUUCUAAUGAGGAUUUAGUGUCAGGGACAAUGUGGCUUGGUACAGAAGAUGGGUCUAUACUUAUAUACAACUCAACAGACAAUAUACGAACAAAAAAAAAUAAAGUGAAGAUUCAGCAUACUUCGCCAGUACAUACUAUCAUACACUUGGACAAGAAAGUUUACGUUGCUCUUGCAAAUGGUGAUGUUAUGGUUUACCAAAGAGAUCUGAAUGGAAGCUGGAAGACUAGUGAUGGAAUAAAAAUAAAUGUUAGCACCCCUUCUGCACCUGUAACCAAAAUGGUGCCGAUAUCAGGAAGGCUGUGGUGUGCAUGCCACACUUCAUUGAAGAUCUUAAACACUAAUUCUUUUGCUGUUGAGCAUUCAUUGGCUGUGAGUGGUGAGGGAAACAGAAGCAUAGCAUGCUUAGUCGGUUCAGGACUCGGUGCAUGGUUAUCUUUACACAACUCUGCAACAGUCCGCCUCUACCAUGCAACGUCUUUUGAAUGUUUGGCUGAGGUCAGCGUUGCUCCAGCCGUCUCCAAGAUGUUGGCUAGCUGUGAUGACAUUAUUCGACAGCACAAGGCUGCUUGCCUCAGAGUUACUGCUCUCCUGGCUUCUAAAGAACUCCUGUGGGUGGGAACCAGCGCUGGUGUGAUUCUCACCUUACCACUGCCUCAUCUAUCUGCAGCCACAGCUAAGCUAGCUGCUCCACCUCAGGUCGCAGGUGUCCCUCAAGGUCACACAGGCCAUGUUAGAUUCCUGACCACAGUUGACUUGGAAGUACGGAGAGGAAAAGCCUCUGACAAACCUCUUAUAAUAUCAGGAGGAGAUGGCUACGAAGACUUUAGGUCAGCCUCGGUAUCUGAGCUCGCUGGGAGAGAAGAUUCGACCAAUCACAUUCUUCUUUGGCAGGUUUAA